AUGGCACGCGCCGCCGCGGCCAUCCUGCCGCUGCUGCUGCUCCUUGCCGUGGCGGGCGGCGCCCUGGCCGCGUCCGCGGACAUGUCCAUCAUCGCCUACAACGCGGAGCACGGGGCGCGCGGGCUGGAGCGCACGGAGGCGGAGGCCCGGGCCGUCUACGACCUCUGGCUGGCCGAGAACGGCGGGGGCUCCUCCCCCAACGCCAACUCCAUCCCGGAGCGCGAGCGCCGGUUCCGCGCCUUCUGGGACAACCUGAACUUCGUCGACGCCCACAACGCGCGCGCCGCGGCCGGGGAGGAAGGGUACCGCCUCGGCAUGAACCGCUUCGCCGAUCUCACCAACGACGAGUUCCGCGCCGCCUACCUCGGGGUCAAGGCCCAGAGGGCGAGGCCCGGCCGCAUGGUGGGGGAGAGGUACCGCCACGAUGGGGCCGAGGAGCUGCCCGAGGCCGUCGACUGGAGGGAGAAGGGCGCCGUCGCCCCCGUCAAGAACCAGGGCCAAUGCGGGAGUUGCUGGGCUUUUUCUGCAGUCAGCACAGUAGAGAGCAUCAACCAAAUUGUCACCGGUGAGAUGGUGACAUUAUCGGAGCAGGAGCUUGUGGAGUGUGACACCAACGGGCAGAGCAGUGGCUGCAAUGGGGGUCUUAUGGAUGACGCCUUUGAGUUCAUCAUCAAGAACGGUGGCAUUGAUACCGAAGAUGACUACCCUUACAAAGCCAUUGAUGGCAGAUGUGAUGUUCUCAGGAAAAAUGCGAAGGUGGUGAGCAUUGAUGGCUUUGAAGAUGUCCCUGAAAAUGAUGAGAAAUCGCUGCAGAAGGCGGUUGCUCACCAGCCCGUGAGUGUCGCCAUUGAAGCUGGAGGCCGGGAGUUCCAGCUCUACCACUCGGGUGUCUUCAGUGGAAGGUGUGGCACGCAACUUGACCAUGGUGUGGUUGCUGUUGGCUAUGGCACUGAGAACGGCAAGGACUACUGGAUCGUCCGCAACUCAUGGGGUCCAAACUGGGGAGAAUCUGGGUACCUCCGCAUGGAGCGCAACAUCAACGUGACCAGUGGGAAGUGCGGGAUAGCCAUGAUGUCAUCGUACCCCACCAAGAAGGGCGCUAACCCGCCCAAGCCAGCCCCAACACCUCCCUCACCGCCGACGCCACCUCCCCCAGUCGCCCCUGACCACGUCUGCGACGAGAACUUCUCAUGCCCUGCAGGCAGCACCUGCUGCUGCUCGUUCGGCUUCAGGAACCUUUGCCUGGUGUGGGGCUGCUGCCCGGCCGAAGGCGCAACCUGCUGCAAGGAUCACUCCAGCUGCUGCCCGCCGGACUACCCCGUCUGCAACAUCAGGGCUGGGACUUGCUCAGCGACCAAGAACAGCCCGCUGAGCGUGAAGGCCUUGAAGCGCACCCUGGCCAUGCGGAACACGGCAUGA